CGGACGUUAAGAAACGCGGUUCAAUUCGAAUAGAGCUUUCAUUAAUUAUCGAAUAUUUGUUUUAUUGCGACAACAAUAUUAUAUGUUUUAUUUACUGCUGCGUUUUAUCUGAUACACGCUUAGGAUACACGUACACUAUUAAUAUACAAAAUGGGCGAUACAUAUUCAGAUAACCUUAACAGUAAAACUUUGGGAAACAUUGAUUUUAUGGAGAAACAAGAACAUUAUUACUUCAUUAAAUUCAGAGCUGGAGAAAUGUCUAGACUCUCCAUUCUUAACGAUCACGUUUUCCGAUAUUACAUGUCACCUUCAGGAGAAUUUUUGGAGUAUCCAAAACCAAUGAAUCCCGGGGAUAACGCAAAAAUUAUACACAAAGAAGAAAGCAGCUAUGGUGUUGAAGCUUUCAAACAAUCGACGUUGCAUGAUACUGUAACCAAAUAUAUCGUAGAAACAAAGGAAAUGAAUAUAAUUUUUGAUAAGAUAACGGGAACAAUGAAAAUACAUGAUCUGAGAACUAAUAGAGACGUAUUGAUUGAAUACUGUCCCUUAUCGUAUGUAAAUAACAUAAGCAAACAAACGACAUAUCAACGGGCUGAUGAGUAUUUUUUUGGCGGUGGAAUGCAAAAUGGAAGAUUCACCCACAAAGGAAAUGUAAUCGAUAUUGCCAACACUAAUAAUUGGGUUGAUGGUGGUGUAACCUCCCCUUGUCCUUUCUAUUGGUCGACGUAUGGUUACGGUAUACUUAGAAAUACUUGGCAGCCAGGCAAAUAUGACUUUCAGGAUAAUUCAAAUGAGGUAAUAACAACUUCACAUAAAGGUGAAGAUUACGAUGCAUAUUAUUUUAUAAAUUCUAAUCCUCGUAAUAUUUUAAGAGAUUAUUAUGAAUUAACUGGCAAUCCUCUACUCAUGCCCGAAUACGCUUAUUAUGAAGCACAUUUAAAUACGUUUAACCGUGAUUACUGGGUACCGGUGGACUGCAAUGUUCGUGGUGCUAUUUUAUUUGAAGAUGGAAAGUAUUAUAAAAAAUUUAAACCAAACGAUAUGGAUGGCAAAGUAGGUAUUUUAGAAUCAUUGAAUGGCGAAAAGAAUAAUUAUCAAUUCUCUGCUCGUGCAAUGAUAGAUAGGUAUAAAAGACAUGACAUGCCUUUAGGAUGGUUCAUUCCUAACGAUGGUUAUGGUUCGGGAUACGGACAAACUGAUUCUUUGGAGGGCGAUAUUGAAAAUUUAAAGGAAUUUUCUAAAUAUUCUCUUGAAAACGGUGUCAAAGUUGCAUUGUGGACGGAGUCUAAUUUAGAACCUGCUGAUCCAUUACAUCCCAAGAAAGGAGAAAGAGAUUUGGGUAAAGAAGUCAGCGUAGCUGAAGUAGUUGCUCUUAAAUGUGACGUGGCGUGGAUUGGAGAUGGAUAUUCAUUUGCUUUAUCCGCUGUUGAACACGCUCAUGAUAUAUUUGUAAAUAAUGCAAAAGAAACUGCAAGACCAAUGAUCAUUAUGGUAGACGGCUGGGCUGGAACUCAAAGACUUUCUGGUAUAUGGAGUGGAGAUCAGCGUGGAGGGGAGUGGGAGUAUAUAAGAUUUCAUAUACCUACUUAUAUAGGAUCGGGUUUAUCCGGAAUGCCAAUAAUUGGUUCAGAUAUGGAUGGUAUUUAUGCAGGAGGUGUCAAGGAAAUAAACAUACGUGAUUACCAAUGGAAAGCCUUCACACCAUUACAAUUAAAUAUGGAUGGCUGGGGUAAUAAACCAAAAACACCAUUUAUUUUCGAUGAAGAAGCGACAUGUAUAAAUAGAGCAUACUUAAAAUUGAAGUCAAUGCUUUUGCCUUAUAAUUACACUUUGGGAUAUGAGGCGAUCAAUGGAUUACCGAUGGUCAGAGCUAUGUUUCUAGAAUUUCCGGAUGAAAGGACGUCAUAUACAAACGAAUCAAUGUAUCAAUUUAUGUGGGGGCCAAACAUAUUAGUAGCUCCAAUUUUUAAUGACAAUUGUAAAGAUACGUGUUCUAUCCGUAACGGUAUAUUCCUUCCAAACAAAGACCAAGUAUGGAUAGACUUUUUUACUGGACAAAGGUUUCAAGGCGGCAAAAUUUACAAUAACAUUAUUACGCCCCUUUGGAAAAUCCCUGUUUUCAUUAAAGAUGGAUCAAUAAUACCAAUGACCAAGCCGAAUAAUAAUCCCCAAGAAAUCCAAAGAGACCUUAGAAUAAUUACUAUUUAUCCAAAUGGUGAAAGCAAAUUUACUAUUUACGAAGAUGAUGGAGUAUCUUCAAAAUACUUAGAUGGCGAAAAUGCUUUCACAAACGUUAGUGUUUCUGGACCUAAACUAAAUACAAAUGGCAGCUUAUCAAUUACGAUAAACAAAACGAAUGGUUCAUACACAAACAUGACGAAAGAAAGAACUACAAUAUUACAAAUAAUGGCUUGCAAUAAUAUUGGUCAUAUAAAAACUGCUAUAAAUGGAGAAGGUAUUAACUUAGCUAAAGUGGAAACUGAUGAAGAAUUUGAGAAAAAUAAUAAUUGUUAUUAUUUAAAAAAAGAUUUUGUUAUAAAUCCUUAUAUGAAUGAUUUCAGUAAAGAUGUUCUUCAAGAAUGUUUAUUGAUUAAAAUAAAAAAACUGGACGUGACUCACAAUGAAAUAAAUAUAAAAAUAAGCAAUUACACAAACGAAGCUACAGUAUUUGGACAGAAAGAAAAUAUCAAUAGAGAUUUAAAAAUACCGCAAGAUUUUCGAGUUGAUGAAGAAGGAACAUCAUUAUGUUGCAUUGAAAUGAAAUGGACUUCGGUAAAUUACGCUGAGUAUUAUGAAAUUGAAAAAGACGGAGUUAUUUUUACUUAUAUUAUUGGGGAUAAAUUUGCAUUCGAUAAUCUUGCUAUUAACAGUAAGCAUACAUUUAGAAUACGAGCUGUUAAUAAAAACGUGGUGUCAGAAUGGAGUCCAAUUGUUGAAGGGAUAACAAUUGAUUCUCUAUUUAAAGAUAUUAUAACAGGAGUAGAAGAAAUGUCUUGCCAGUCUAAUCAGGACUCGGAAAACAAUACACUUGAUGAUGAAAAUAUAAAUAUGAUUCGUAGCAUAUUUAGCGGAAAAACUUUGUCACGGAAUUUUGAUUUAGGUCAGGUGUACGAUGUCGACCGUGUAGAAUUUAUAGAAAGUAAAGAUGGCACUUGUUCUCUUUCAGAAAUAAAAUACAGGUGCUCAAAAGAUAACAUCGAAUGGACACCAGCAUCUGAUAUUUGUAAAUUGGACCAGGACAACUCACCCAAAAUUAUAUCGUUGGCCGGUUUAAAGUUUCGAUACAUUGAAAUCAUCGCGCCAAACGCUGAAAGUUUUAGUUCAGGUGUGAUAUUUUAUAAAAAGUAAGCAAUAGACCAAUAAGACAUAUU